GCUGAAGUGAACGAGGAGGCAGAAAUGAGUAAGAAGGACAACGGUAAGAGCUGGCUUCAUGUCGCGGUGUGUUUUAACUUUAACAAGGAGCGACCCUCAUCCUCGCAUACCUGAACGAGAAGAACCGUCCCUACAGCACUCAGGAUAUCUUCUGCAAUCUACAGAAGCAACAUGGAUUCGGUAAAACGGCUGUGGUCAAAGCCAUGGAGCUGCUGGCUCUGGAAGGCAAGAUAAAGGAGAAGGCAUAUGGCAAGCAAAAGAUCUAUUUUGCUGAUCAGUCUCAGUUCAAAAAUGUGAACGAAGCAGACCUGAAGGAGAUGGACUGUCAGAUCUCACAGCUCAGUGCAGAGGUGCAGUCCCUCACCCAGAGCUGCAGGCAGCUCGAUGCAGAGCUGAAGGAGCUCAGCAGCUCCCUGACGACAGAGGAAAUGACGUCAGAGAUCAAGGAGCUGAAGGCGGAGUGUUCAGGGUACCGAGCGCGUUUGGAGAAGAUAAAGUCGGCCACAAAUCACGUCACACCGGAGGAGAAGGAGAAGGUUUACAGAGACCGUAAUGUUUACGUGAAAGAGUGGAAAAAGAGGAAGAGAUUGGCUUCCGACAUGAUGGAUUCAAUCCUGGAGGGGUAUCCCAAGAGCAAAAAGCAGUUCCUGGACGAGGUCGGAGUGGAGACCGAUGAGGACUCUAAGGUGGUUGUUCCGAGUACUUGAGAGGACGAGGACACACUUGUGUAUCCUCGUCGUCGAUGGAAGCCUCAGUGCUGAGUGUUGAUGAUACAUCGGAGCCACAGCACAUUCUUUAUUUAUGGCUUUUCUCUUGAACAAAAAGGUACAUCUUUAAUACAAGUUGAAUGGCAAAAACAACUUCCACUGUAAUUGAAAGUACAUUUAAACAAGACACAAACACUACAACGGGCAACACUGGCGGAUGUUUGUCACCUUUUAGGCAACUUUGGUUUAUCGUUUCACCUCCAACCUUUGAUGAAAAUGUCAAUGAUUAGUCAUGAUGGCUUUGAGAGCUGUUGUUUUAUGUUCAUUUACUGUUGUUCGUGACCUUCAGGUAUUAUAGGAGGGUUGACAUGUUUUCUUCCUUCUCUUGUUAAUCAUCCUUUAAAUCAUUCCGUGUUGCUUCAGAGUUAUUAAAACGUUCAUGACUUUUGAGGCUGAAGUGCAAACUGAACUCAUUAAAAGAUAUUUUACA